AUGAUUGAUGACAGUAUUGAACCAGCAACAGUGAAUAAACCAGACACAAAGCAAGUUGACGGUGUCAUAUUCUCGAAACCCAUCAACGGUCUGCACACGGACUUUUUCAUCAAUUCCUACACAGACCGCUAUUUCAUUAUCAUCACUCAGACCGGAAGCAUUGGUACUUUGCUCAGUGUUGAAAAAGAUACGACCCAAGUAGAAAAAGAAGUAGCAGAAGUUUACACAAUCAAGGUUCUCCUUGGCAAGGACGAAGAAGACGUGCACAUAGCAGCCCGUUUUCUUGCUGGACAGUUGGAUCUGCCAAAGCCAAUACUGUUCGCCUUCUGUGUCAAGGACCUCGGUAUCAACGUACUGAAAAGCAUUCUACAGACGUUGAAGGAACACUUGAAUUGA